AUGACCCAUAUCUCCGCCUACGCCGUCAUACUGGUAAUCAUCCUACUGGGCGCAUCGGUCGCCAGCGCGACCCUGCUGCACGAGCGAGAUGCGCUGAGGGCCUUCCUUCAAUCCAGGGCACAUACGCUGGGGAACGGGCCUGUCAAGCCGGACACGUUUGCCGAGCCAGACACAUGGGCCGACCCAGACAGCAGCUUCAAACACCUUCCCACCCACUGCCCGAGCUCGCCGCCGGGCGCCAAGGAGGCCGACAAGAUCGUGGCGCUGCCCGACCAGCCCCCGCGCGUCAACUUCGAUCAGUACUCCGGUUACGUCACGGUGAGCGAAGAGCACGGCCGCGCGCUCUUCUACUACUUCGUCGAAGCCCCCUACGAGGCCUCCUCCAAGCCGCUCGUCCUCUGGCUCAACGGCGGGCCUUGGUGCUCGUCGCUGGGCGCCGGCGCCUUUCAAGAGCUCGGCCCGUUUCGUGUGAACCCCGACGGCAAGACCCUCAGCAGAAACAGGCACGCGUGGAACAACCUGGCAAAUGUGAUCUUCCUGGAGUCGCCGGCGGGCGUGGGGUUCUCGUACUCAAACACGUCGUCGGAAAACAGGGUGAGCGGCGACACGAGGACCGCCGUGGAUGCCUACAUCUUCCUCCUCCACUGGCUUGAGAGGUUCCCCGAGUACAAGGGCCGAGACUUCUUCAUCGCCGGGGAGAGCUACAGCGGACACUACGUCCCCCAGCUCGCCACCGUCAUCCUUGCCCUCCAUAAACUCGGCGCCACAAGCAUGAAUCUCAAAGGAAUCUUCGUUGGCAACCCGCUCCUUGAUAACUACAAGAACACAAAAGGGGUGUUUGAGUACUUGUGGAAUCACGGUGAGAUAUCUGACGAGGUGUGGGGUGAGAUCACCGAGCUCUGCAAGUUUGGCCCGUCAGAGAGCGCGGCGUGCAACGAGUCCAUGGCGUCGGUCAAUACCGGUCAAAUCGAUUAUUACAAUAUUUACGCCCCCAUCUGCCUUCCAUCGCCAGAUGGUACUCAUUACCCCAGCAGCUACUUAGCAGGCUAUGAUCCGUGCAUAGAUUACCAUGUCUCCGACUACUUCAAUACUCCUGAGGUGCAGAAGGCUAUCCAUGCUCGAACAAACACAAAGUGGAUCCAAUGCAAUGGCGAUAUGGAUGAUGUGUGCCCGAUUACCGCGACGAGGUACUCUAUCAAGGAUCUUAAUUUUUCAAUCACAAAACCAUGGCAUCCAUGGUACACGCCUGACAAUGAGGUUGGAGGCUAUGCUCAGCAAUAUGACGGAGGAUUCACGUUUGCGUCAGUGCGAGGAGCUGGCCACAUGGUUCCUAGUUUUCAGCCUAAGAGGGCACUUGUCCUUUUCUACUCCUUCUUGAGAGGUGUUCUACCACCUGCGGUUUCAGUAUGGCGUCCAUGA